AUUUACAAUUAUUAUUUGUGAUUAAUCUUUAUUUAUUUAAACGGUGUGUUUUAAUGCUUGCAGAGAAUACCCCACACUAUGACAGAUUCAUAUGACGCAGCGGUAGAUCCUAAAAACAAAUCAAGAAACCGCUACAAAAACGUUUAUCCGUAUGAUUUUAGUCGCGUAGUUCUGGAUACUUCCGACAUAGCAGGAAGUGGGGAUUAUAUAAAUGCCUGCUUCGUCCAUGGUUUAGAAAAACGGCGAGCUUAUAUAGCUGCACAAGGUCCAUUUACAGAGGAGACAGUUUUGGAUUUUUGGCGAAUGGUCUGGCAAAUGAGAAGUGUGAAAAUAGUAAUGUUGACGAAUCUUUUAGAGAAUGGGAAGAUGAAAUGUAUAAGAUACUGGCCAAACACAGAAACUCGAAUAGGACCGUUCUUUAUAAGAACAGAAAACCACAACACCUCACGGCGGUACACAAUUAGACAUAUCACAAUCAGAAAGGGCAUUGAGGUUAGACACGUGACCCAGUACCAGUAUACAGACUGGCUCACCACAAGAGUUCCCGACAAUGUGGACUCCAUUUUGAUGUUUAGAAACCUGAUCAAUUGUGAUAUUUCUGACACUGAUGGGCCAAUCAUUAUUCAUUGCAGUUCUGGCACAGGGAGGACGGGGACAUUCAUUGCAUUGGAUUACUUGUUAACUGAGGGAACAGAGACAGGAACUGUUGAUGUGGAGGGUUGUAUCCGGGCACUUCGGGAACAGAGAGCGUAUGCCGUCCAGUCCUCUGUAAACAACCGAACGCUCUCUCUCUCUCUCUCUCUCUCUCUCUCUCUCUCUCUCUCUCUCUCUCUCUCUCUCUCUGGCAUAUAUUUAAUCCCCCGAUCUCUAUUUCUUUCAUUUAUAUCACGCAUUGCUUUUCUUUAG